AAUGCAAGACUUUGUUUUGAGAUUCGUGUUCUUUUGCUUCGCCGCCGGCGUUGCUGUUGCUUUCACCGACGGAUUGCUACCAAAUGGUAACUUUGAGCUAGGACCACAACCAAAUCAGCUAACAGGAACGGUAAUAAAAGAUCCUCAUGCAAUUCCAGAAUGGGAAACAUCUGGUAUUGUAGAAUACAUCAAGGCCGGGCAAAAACAAAAGGACAUGAUCCUCGUCGUGCCGGAAGGAUCCUUCGCCGUUCGGCUCGGCAACGAAGCAUCGAUAAAGCAAAGAGUGAAGAACCUUGAAAAAGGAGAGCAUUAUUCAUUGACAUUCAGUGCUGCAAGAACAUGCGCACAAAAUGAGGUUCUAAACAUCUCAAUCAGUCCAGACUCGGACGUGAUUCCCAUGCAAACAAUGUACAGUAGCAAUGGAUGGGAUUCUUAUGCUUGGGCUUUCAAAGCUAAGUCAAGUGAGGUGGAUAUACUGAUUCACAACCCUGGUAACUCUGAAGACCCUGAUUGUGGUCCCAUUAUUGACUCUGUUGCUAUGAAGACUAUUAGACCUCCAAAGUUGACCAACAAAAACAUGUUGAAAAACGGAGACUUCGAAGAAGGUCCAUACAUAAUACCAAACACAACAUGGGGUGUCUUAAUUCCAACAAGCAUGGAAGAUGACGACUCAUCCUUACCGGGUUGGAUCGUUGAGUCAGCCAAAGCGGUUAAGUACUUAGACUCAGCCCACUUCUCGGUCCCUAGUGGCAAACAUGCGAUCGAGCUAAUUGCAGGCAUGGAGAGCGCCAUCGCCCAACUCGUGCGCACAUCACUCGGGCGAUCCUACGCAUUGGCAUUCUCCAUCGGUGAUGCCAACAACACUUGCCGAGGGUCCAUGCUUGUUGAUGCUUAUGCGGGCAAGCACACUAUUAGAGUUCCUUAUGAGUCCAAAGGCAAUGGCGGGUUCAAAAGGGCUGUGCUUAAGUUUAAGGCCGAGUCUGAGCGAACCCGAGUUGUGUUCCGGAGCUCGUCCUAUAACACGCGUAGUGAUGAUCUUAGCUCACUUUGUGGCCCUGUUGUUGAUGAUGUUUCUUUGCUUAGCGUUCGCACUCGUCGACUCAGUCUGUGAUCAUUGAUCAUUGUUUAUUGUGAUCACUCAUGGUUUCAAAGUUUAUAAAUUGGGUUUUAUUUUUUUUAUUUUA